AUGGACGUGUCCGAACUCUGCAUCCCGGACCCCCUCGGCUACCACAACCAGCUGCUGAACAGGAUGUCCGCAGACGACCGGCACCUGGGCUCCAGCUGUGGCUCCUUCAUCAAGACCGAGCCGUCCAGCCCAUCCUCGGGCAUUGAUGCCCUCAGCCACCACAGCCCCAGCGGCUCGUCGGACGCCAGCGGCGGCUUUGGCCUGGCCCUGGGCACCCACGCCAACGGGCUGGACUCGCCGCCUAUGUUCCCAGGCGCGGGGCUGGGAGGCACCCCGUGCCGCAAGAGCUACGAGGACUGUGGCAGCGGCAUCAUGGAGGACUCGGCCAUCAAGUGCGAGUACAUGCUCAACGCCAUCCCCAAGCGCCUGUGCCUCGUGUGCGGGGACAUUGCCUCUGGCUACCACUAUGGCGUGGCCUCCUGCGAGGCCUGCAAGGCCUUCUUCAAGAGAACCAUCCAAGGGAACAUCGAGUACAGCUGCCCAGCCACCAACGAGUGUGAGAUCACAAAGCGGAGGCGCAAGUCCUGCCAGGCCUGCCGCUUCAUGAAAUGCCUCAAAGUGGGGAUGCUGAAGGAGGGUGUGCGCCUUGACCGAGUGCGUGGAGGCCGCCAGAAAUACAAGCGACGGCUGGACUCUGAGAGCAGCCCAUACCUGAGCCUACAAAUUUCUCCACCUGCUAAAAAGCCAAUGACCAAGAUUGUCUCAUACCUACUGGUGGCUGAACCAGACAAGCUGUAUGCCAUGCCUCCUGCCGGCAUGCCUGAGGGGGACAUCAAGGCCCUGACCACCCUGUGUGACCUGGUGGACCGGGAGCUCGUGGUCAUCAUUGGCUGGGCCAAGCACAUCCCAGGCUUCUCAAAUCUCUCGCUGGGGGACCAGAUGAGCCUGCUGCAGAGCGCCUGGAUGGAGAUCCUCAUCCUGGGGAUCGUGUACCGCUCCCUGCCCUACGAUGACAAGCUGGUGUACGCUGAGGACUACAUCAUGGAUGAGGAGCACUCACGCCUGGCUGGGCUGCUGGAGCUCUACCGUGCCAUCCUGCAACUGGUGCGCAGGUACAAGAAGCUCAAGGUGGAGAAGGAGGAGUUUGUAACGCUCAAGGCCCUUGCUCUCGCCAACUCAGAUUCCAUGUACAUUGAGGACCCGGAGGCCGUGCAGAAGCUGCAGGACCUGCUGCACGAGGCACUGCAGGACUAUGAGCUGAGCCAGCGCCACGAGGAGCCUCGGAGGACGGGCAAGCUGCUGCUGACGUUGCCCCUGCUGCGGCAGACAGCCGCCAAGGCUGUGCAGCACUUCUACAGCGUCAAGCUGCAGGGCAAGGUGCCCAUGCACAAACUCUUCCUGGAGAUGCUGGAGGCCAAGGUCUGAUGGCCCAGCACACGGACUGACAGAUGGACGGACCAAUGCGGAGACUCACUGCCUCCAGCCUCGACCUCUGGCCCCUGUAUCGUCCCAGAGAAGGGACUUCCUGCCUCUGGGCUGUGUGUGCAGACUCCUGGGUGCAGGGGUCGGGGGCAGGGAUGGGAGGGCAGGGCGUGGGGCUCAUCUGUCACCUGCUUUUUCUUUGGUACAUUUUUCCUUCUCCAUGGGCAGCACUGAGGCCCGGGCCAGGGCUGACUCCCCUUGACACUGGAGACCACUGGAGGAAGCGCCCCUCUCCCUACCAGACCACCGAGAGGCAGCAUGUAUGCUUCCUGACGCGUCCCUGGUCUGAGCCUGGGUGGGCAGUGUUUGACACUCAGGACUCUGGGAACUCAUAUAGGUGCCACCUGGAGGAUCCUUCCACAGAGGCCGGGUCCUUAGGGGUCACCAGCAGCGGCUUCCAGGGGUCCUGUCUGCCCUGAGGUCCUCUGGACCCUCAGGUGCUCCUGUACCUCCCACUGUCCUCGUGGAUCCAUCCCUUCUCAGCCCCACACAUGCUCACCUCCCAGCCCGGUGCACCUUAGGGAGCAGUGGCAAGAGCUCCCGUGUUUCCCUGGGCACCCACCCCUCGGUGCUUCCUACUCACCUCCCACUGCUGCACCGAUGGCCACCUGUUCUCUCCUCUCCUCCCCCAGGAGGCCCUCCCCUACCUCAAGGCUUACUCAGACUGGGGCUUCAGCCAGCCGAAGUGUGUCCAGGCAGGGAGAUAGGGAUGUGCUGGCUCAGAAGAGUGGGUCCAGUCUGCUCCCCAGAAAACCUGGGGCCUGUGGGAAGUUCCAGGUCCCACCCCCCUCCAGGGAUGGGGGCUCUUGCUUGAGGCCAGCAGCCCUGGAAGAAUCCCAGCAGGAUAGAGAGGCCUGGCCACAGUGGGGUGCAGGGAAACUGCAAAGGGGACCAGGAGUCCAGCCUGCCUGGUCCUUGGCCUCUAGGACAGUGGGAUCCAGUGCCCUGGGGAGGGAAGGGCACUGACGGAAGGAAUAAGUGAGAGACUCCCUCUGCAAUCCAAAGAAGCAGGGCACAUCUGCCAAAGGAAGGAUGGCCUCCUGCCGCCCUCAGGCAGAGACAGCUCCCUGGGCCAGCCCUGGCAGGGUUCCCACAGUCUCUGGCUGCUCUGUAGGAUCACCACCAUCCAGUUCUCCCAAGGACUUCCCAGGUUUUCACGCAGGAUUCUGUAUCCCAGGAAACCCCUCAGCCCAGGUGCAUGGGACAGUUGCUUACCCUGCUGCUGUGGGUGGCUGCGAAGCCACUUCUCACCCACACUAGGGGCAGCUCUGACUCCCCAUCGGUGCUCAUGGGUUGGCAGCAUGGAGGACCCCUGGGCAUCAAGGCGGUUCAGUCCAUGAUGGAAAGUGCCCCUGCCAUCUUCUGAAGCAGGGAUCAGAGCAGCUGGGCCUGGGUCCUCAGUCCACACCCUGCUAGCCCAGCCUCCCCUCACCAGGAAAGACCAGCAGCUCUAGCCUGGCACUGGGGCAGCAGGCUCCUCUUGCAGGCUUUUCUGCUGGAAGCAGCUCUGCUGGUCUCCCUGGCCUGACACCCUGAGACCACCAGGCCUGACCCUCUGUGCUGGGAUUUGCCGAGGUCAUCCAGGCAGGAGGCUGACCAGACCGAGCCACUGCAGACCACAUGCCCAUGUCCUCAUGUAGAGAGUAGUAAGGAUUCUGAGAGAUCCCGUCCCUUUUACCUGUGGGAAGUCAGGUCUUGAGUCACCCAAUGAGUCCCUACUGGAGUCACCAUGUUGCCCUUUGUCUGAUCUGGUGGUCACACAUGUUCAACAUAGAGGUACCUUCUGGACCUUAGGAAACCCAGGCUAAACCGCAAGUCUAACAAUCCUUAGGGCCUGAUCUGAAGACUCCUGGUGAGACAAGUUGGGGUGUGAGCAUCUGGAGCAGAGGGGUAGGGGCCCGCUUCUUAGUGGGAGGCCAGAUGGGGGCCUCCAAAGGGAGAGCAGGGCACUGACCUAGUGGGAAUGGGGACAGAAGGAGAGUGAAGACCCAGCACCCCCAAACAGAACCCAAGUUUACCCCCUAGUCUGCCAUUUCUGGAAAAUCUGUAAAGAGGAAACAUCCCUUCUUAGUUGUACACUCAUGAUACAGGUCAUUUGAAACAAACCAGGAAAUAAAACAAAUCCAACCAUGGAGAAGGUGGUGCUGGCUGGAUUUUGUUUGGGUUCCCUUGUCCCGCUCCUCCCUCAAGGCUCCAGAUGGCUUUGUCAUGUGUGCAUUUGAUAGCAUCUUCAGUGUCUGCAUGUGGACGCUUUCGUGAUUUCCCAGGCUACAGUUUGAGUUAGAGGCUUGUCGAGAAGGCUUGGGGGGUGGGGUGACGGGCUGAGAGGAACAGGGGCACCCAUCUGUGCCAGGACACCUUUCCAGACUCCUCCCCAGCCAGAUAGGAGAAGUGACAAAGACUUAAUGGGCCCAGGGUCUGUGCCCACAGAACAGCACCAAAGAAAAGCACUGUGUGGAAAGAUGGCUUUAUUUUGUAAUGAUAAAACAACUGGAAUGGCUUCUUGAGAUGUAUAUAUUUUUUAAAUGGCAGCCCCUCAUUGCCGUGUCACCCCCUGUACGUAUUUCUACCCUGUAUAUGUUCCCCCAAGGACCCCCUGUAAAUCACACACCCUAGCUUCUUCCACCCCGGUUCCAUUCUGGUCCCAUGUAUCUGGAAUCUAAUAAAGGA